AUGUGUGAGCAUGUCGAGCCCCGGUGGAGCAGCCGGCAACGGCUUGCGCCAGGAGGACUUUGGUCAACAAAAGUCAAGCUCGCGACAAAGGACAGACACGCGGGUCAGCUGCGUGGACGGAUGCUGGAUCAGAGCGGCCGGUUUGGAAAACCCCGGCGGCGCUUUCGUCGCGUUUUGGUCGCAACGCAGUCGACCGAUGGUUUUGCUGAGCGGUUGGGAAAAGGGCUGACCAAGGGAUUGGGUUUUAUUGGGACCCGUGAGGGGGGCAGUGGGAGCUCCGGGAGGCAGCGGUUGGCCAACGUCGAGGAGGGGGCUCAAAGCAGCGUGGCUGGCAAGGAGGCGGACGAGAGCUUGGCAGUGGAGGAUUGGGACCGGCGGGACUGGUUUUCGGCGUACGAAAGGGCGGAAGAGGUACCGAGCGGUUACUGGAUGAAAGCCGAAGGCCAGCUGCCCGAGGAGCUGUCCGGGACGUAUUUCAGGAAUGGACCUGGGAGCUGGACUAAAGCGGGGGAGGGGGUCAUACACCCCUUCGACAGCGAUGGCCUGGUUGCCAGCAUCGCCAUCCACGACGGCAAGGCCUUUUUCCGAUCCAAAUACGUCAGAACAAAUGAGUGA